GCGCCCGCCAAGGGCACCGGGUACGUCAACGCCAAGGUCGGAAGUGACGAUUGAAAUGUCAGAGGAGGUGCUGAAACACGAUGCAAGGGGCAGGACCACAGAGAAGCAGCUUGGCGUUGUGUAAAAGCUGAAUGCGGCGGCCCAAUCACUUUAUGUUUCCCGUCUGCCGUCAAGGGUGCCACUGCCCUUUCCCACCCGCUUUUUGUGGCUGAGCAUUGGUGACGAUGCCAUGUCGUGCCAGGGAUGGCCCCCGUUCAAAGUUUGAAAUCAAGGCCGCAAUUUUUCUGGAAGCCGGGCCUUUUUUUUUUCUUUCUCGGCCCAGACACGACGACAGCUGCUGGCGAUGUAGCCAGCCUUGCGGGACGACGCGUGGAGUUGCGCCUCGUUCGCUGAUACCGUGGACAGACACUUGGGCGUCCAUCAGACAUCGCGAACGCCCAAGGACCCGUGCCAAGGAUGGGCUUCUUUGUUGUUAUUCUCUCCUCUUCUUCGACAUUCCACAGUGAAUGAAUCGGAUGGGAUCUUCUCGGUAGAGGACGAUGGCCCCUUUCAUGCACGCAGCGAUGGCCCCUGCAUCUGAUUUUCGUCGGCCCCCUCCACCGCCACUUCUUGACUCUCACGGGGCUACAUCGAUCGACAACGCGGGGCGCGCGGCGAUCGCCAGCCAGAAAGGGUUACGCGUUUGCAAAGUGCCGGUCAGCCAAGGCGUCGAUUGACUGGAGAGCCGGAGAGACUGGGGAGAGAAGGCCAGGACAGCCCGAGAAAGAAGCUUCUGUUUAACGUAACGAAGGCCAGCGCAUAGAGGUUCCCAUCAUGCCCCCCCUUUUUUUUUCCCUGUCGCCGCCGUUGCAUCUCUCUGCCUCUUCGGGACUUGCCAGCCCUCGAGCAGGGGCGGCGGGUGGCUCGCUGGCGGCGGCCUCCUCCACCCAUAGACUUGCUGCCUUGUCGGGCUAUCUUUUCAGCAUCGCGCUGCCGCCCAAUGUCAAGACCACUCAACCACGGCCUGGUGGAGUCUUGGCUGGACUGCCAAGACCACCCGGAGUAUUUAUGAGGCUUGUCUUCCCCAAGCUCCCGGCCGUCUUGGAGGAGAGAAGAUAUCGCCAGCCUGACCUUGCUUCCUCUAUUGGAGUUCACCUCGUCCCUCCCCGCUGCCCUUUCUGAUCACCGUCCAUAAGCUUUCAGCAUCUCCCAGCCCCGAGACACACAGGCAAAAUCCCUAGCCACGAUGCACUUCCACAAUACUGUCCUUGUCGUCCUGGCCGGCAUGGCCCCCCUGCUGGCCCGGGCCGACGACGACCUGGAGCUGAGCCGUGACGACAUCCCGCAGCAGUGCCGCGGCAUCUGCGAGCCCGUCAAGCAGCUAACCGAUAUCUGCGACGUCGAUGACGACCGCAUCAAGGACGACCGCGUCGAGGAGCUGCUCAACCUCCAGUGCGUCUGCACUAACCGCAGCUUCAACGUCGCACGCUUCGCGGCGCUCUGCCAGAGCUGCAUGACGCAGAGCAACCCGCGCGACAGGGACGACCUGAAGGACAUCGACAAGAUCAUGCGCAAGUGCGGCUUCGCGGCCCAGAACUACUCGCCCAGCCAGUCCAACGACGCAAACGGCAUCAACGUGUCGGCCGUCAAGCCCACGGCCGCCGGUCAGCUGACGACGACGUACGUGCCCGGCUCGGCCGCCACCCCGCCGCCCGCCAGCGGCACCACUGGCGGCGGAAAACCUACAACCACCGGCCCCGCGAGCGGCAGCGGCGGCCGGCAGUCGUCCGCGACGCCGGGGUCGGCGACGGCCGCGGGUGGCAACGGCAACCCCAUCCCCGGUAGCGCGACGUCGGCUGCCAUCCCCGUGAUUGGCAUGGCUAUCGCGGCCGUUCUUGGGUCCGUGCUCAUGCUGUGAGUGGGGACGCUCGGAUGUGGAUACGACGCAUGACGAUGGCUUAGUGUUUCUACUGGGUGGUUUUUGAUAUUUGAUACUGUUUGUUUUUGGCGGGAAAGUGAUGAUAGUAAAUAGUGUGUUUAGCUGCAAUGCCAUCCCUCGUCCUAGUGUUCCUGUAGUG